AUUAGCAAACAAAAGCAGAGAGAGAUGAGAGAAUAAAGAAACAUAACUAAUAAGUCAAAUAAAGUUGAAUCUCUCUGUCUCUUUUUGGUCAUCUUGGUCCCCAUACAUAGUGCCAAAUCGCAAUCUGUGAGUCGUGACUCCUGUGGAUUCCUAGGGUUUGUGGGAUUGAGAGAAGGGGAAAUAAGGGAUUUGAGAUGCAUAAUAGCUCCAGCUCCGGUGGUGACCUUGAAAAGCAGGAGCAGCAGGAACAGGACAAGGCUCCCCAGAAGCAGAGCGAGUCGAUAAGCGAGUCUGUCAAUGAAACGAAGAGUCUCACCAUCGUUGUCUGCAAUGGAGAUUCAAGUCGGGCAGAACUGGAUCAGAUCCAGAAAAAGGUUAGCUUGUCUAGGAAUAGCAGCUCUCACGAGCAGUGCAGGGUUUGCCAACAAGAGAAAGAAGAGGCUUUGAUUGAGCUAGGGUGCCAUUGUCGUGGUGGCCUUGCUAAAGCUCAUAGGUCUUGUAUAGAUGCUUGGUUUCGCACUAAAGGCUCUAAUCAGUGUGAGAUCUGUCAAGUUGUGGCUGCCAACGUCACACCUCCAGAGACACGACCGACUACAAAUUACUGGGUUUGGAGGAUUGAUCCUAGCUAUAGACAACAAGAGCGUGAGAGAGGAUGUUUUAGCCCGCUUUGGGUAGCAUUCUCAAUUCUCAUUGGUGGUUUAAUGCUUGAUGUGUUAAUAUCUAUUACGCUCGGGGUCUCUGCCCUCCCCGUUAACAUCAUUAUUGGAGUCAUAGUGGUGCUUGGGCUAGGAACUGCGCUAAGGCUGACUUUGGAGUUCUGUUAUGAGUGGAGCUUGAGAAGAGCGGUUCACAGGGCGGUCCAGAGGGCGGAAGCAAACAACUUUAAUAAUAAUAUUGCGUAUCCACCUGCUUUGUAGGAUGCAAGUUAAAAAUCGUGUGUAUGUGUAAGUUGUAUGAGACGUGUAGAAUUACACAAUGCUGAAUUUGUUGGGAAAAAGAAAAACAGAAGGAGCCAAAGAUUACAUGUUUUAAAGUCUUUUUUAAUGCAUAGUUAAAAGAAAGGUCUGAAGUUAAGGCUUCCAAACA